AUACCAAAACUUACUAUUUGGCUCCCUUUCCGGCGGCGUUCGACAAGUUGCCGUUCGAACGCUAUCGAAUUAAGACGCAUGCGCGACCAGCUCUAUGGCUAGCUGGAGAAAGCAAACGCAUCCUGGUUCGCGUUACCUGUAUGUCUAUGGUCGAGAGCGAAUGAUAGAGUAGCUCGGGGAGAAAGCAGGAUGGCAGCUCUAAUGGUUCGGCGUGUCUUGCUGCUGCCCGGCUGUCUCUUCCGCUUGCCCAAGUGUGGGUACCGCGGGGAUUCUCCGCCUGACUCUGGGAAGGACCUGCUGGAGAUCCCGCUCCCACCCUGGCAGGCUCGGCCGCACGAGCCCCUGGCGAACAAGCGCGCGAGGCUCUUAUACGAGAGCCGCAAGAGAGGCAUGUUGGAGAACUGCCUGCUGCUCAGUCUAUUUGCCAAAGAGAAUCUGAAUCAAAUGAAUGAACAACAACUGGACCUUUAUGACCGACUCAUAAAUGAGCCUAGCAAUGAUUGGGACAUAUAUUCCUGGGCAACAGAAACAAAGCCUGCUCCAGAAAUCUUUGAGAAUGAAAUUCUACAGAUGCUUAGAGAAUUUACUAAAAACAAGAAUAAAGAGAAGAGACUACGGCCACCAGAUCUGGAGUAUCUUGCCGAAGGCUCCCACUGAUCUUGUCUGUAUUUCCAUAAAUGCCCAGUUUGGAGAAUCCUUUAAAAUCAUAUUUGUGCUUCAUGGGCUCCUCUUAAAAUACUUUAUGCCUAAUCUGUGAAUUCUCAUAUAAAUAGCCAUUUUUCCUUAUUGUACUGCUCUGUAAUAAAGCUGUUUUUUUCUUGAAAGAAGGACUGAAACACACAUUAA